CUUAACCCAUUUCCUUAUUAUUUAGGGAAAAUGUCUUCUCCACUUGUUGCACCCUAUUCUGCAAGCAAAUUUGCUCUGGACGGAUUUUUCUCCUCUGUCAGGAUGGAACAUUCAGUGACCAAGGUCAAUGUGUCGAUCACUCUCUGUAUCCUCGGCCUCAUAAACACAGACACAGCCAUGAAGGCCGUUUCUGGGAUACUCAGCACAGUAGGAGCAUCUUCAAAGGAAGAAUGUGCCCUGGAGAUCAUCAAAGGGGGAGCUCUGCGCCAAGAGGAAGUGUACUAUGACAACUCAGUCUGGACAGCUUUCCUACUGGGAAAUCCAGGGAGGAAGAUCCUGGAAUUCUUGUCAUUAAGAAGUUAUAAACUGGACAAAUUUAUAAACAACUAAGCACUUCCUUAGGAUGCGGCAUGGGAAGGGACUGUUCAUCCUGAUAUUACCUGAGCUCCAU